AUGGAAGUCGCUGUUGAAUUGGACACCACCAAUCGUCCUGAUGAGUGGAUGAUUGAACAGGGCAUGGCAGGCCACAAGCUGCCCAUCCUCGAUCAAACUGGGAGUGAUACUGUCAAUAUCUAUCCUCCGCCACCAACCAAGAUCAUGAAGGAUGAAGAGGCUAUCAAGUCCGCGGGCAAGCGCGAGAAGCUCUUUGCACGCGAGCGAGUUGGCUGGAAAGGAUAUGUCGAAUGGGAAAACUACCCAGAGAAGAAAUCCAAGGCACACAAGAUUCUGACCUCUCAAACCUUCCCCGGGUGUCCCGACUUCAUGUUUGGGCCCAUUCCGGGUACCAAUCCUGUGCUCCCUGGCGAUGAUUUCAAAGCGUGGCACGCUGCCCUUGGCGGGGAACUCGCGACUGUCGCCGAUGAUUCUUGGAGAACGGUGCUGCGCGAGAAGCAUGCCGACAUGCUCCAUCUCUUGCAAUUUCCCUACAAUGGCGAGCCUCCCAAGCGACUGGUCACAUCGAAGGUGAUCACACCCAAUCCGCUGCAUUUUGUGCGUAACCAUGGCGGCAUCCCAAUCAUCGACAAAGACAGGUUCGAGUUGUCACUCGAUGGAUUGGUGCAACACCCGAAGACGUACAGCAUGGACGACAUCAUGGAUGAGUCCAGGUUUCCGCGCAUGGAAAAAACAGUUACCAUCCAAUGCUCUGGCACUCGCCGCAUUGAACAAAUUGCUCUAUAUGGUGGCCAGGGUGAUGAGGUUCCCCAGGCGCCGUGGGCUGAGGGCGCCAUCGGGACGGCUCGCUAUGUGGGAAUCAGUUUAAAGAAGCUGAUCAAGGAUUGUGGAGGCUUGAUAAAGCCUGCCAAGCAUCUUGAACUCUAUGGCGCCGAAACAUACGUCAAAGACCUGGAGGUUGGCAACUACGUGGUCAGCGUUCCGUGGUCUAAGGUCAAGGCCAACGAGGUUAUUCUGGCCUGGGAGAUGAACGGAGAGCCUCUACCCAAAAUCCACGGCUAUCCGCUGCGGGUUGUGGUUCUGGGAUAUAUUGGUGCUCGCAGCGUGAAGUGGCUGUAUCGCAUCAAGGCCAUUGAGCAUCCAUCGCGUGCCCCAGUUCAAGCCAGAGAAUAUCUGUACUUCAACCAACAAGUUGGAAAGUACAACCAGCGCCCGACCGACGGCAUUCAGAUCCAAGAGAUGCCCGUAAGCUCUGCGAUCAUGUCUCCAUGGACGAAACAGGCAGUCGUGCACAUGGGCAAAAUCCGCUGCAAGGGCUGGGCAUAUUCUGGCGGCGGCCGAUGGCCUGAGCGUGUGGAGCUCUCUGCGGAUGGAGGCUUUACCUGGUAUCAAGUGCCACCCGAGAAGCUGUCAAAGAAGGGCAAAUGGACCUGGCGAACCUGGGAAUUCGAUCUGCCCUGUGAUGUGGAGGGAUGGAUUGAGAUUGUCUGUCGCUGCUGGGACAACUCCCUCAACACCCAGCCUCUGAAUGUCCGGGCUGCGUGGAAUUGGGGUCUUCACGUUACCUCGUCCGCUCAUCGGAUCAAGAUCUACAGCAUCAACAAGAGUCGCGAGAUAACCCGAAAACGCUUGGAUAAAUAUGAACAAUUGGGCAUUCCCUUGGCUCCCUUGACCAAGUAUGAAACUGUCCCUGGCCAAACUCCGGAAGAGUACGAGCAAUACUGGCGCGAGCAUGACCCUCGGGAUGUGGAUGAGUAA